AACCCACAUAACAUGUUGAAUUAAAACCCAGCAACACCAACAUCCCAAGAGUUGAGUUGCAGAGCCAUUUCUAGAACAAACACAGCCACAUACAUAUAUAAACACAAUAGAAAUGGCAUCAAUACUUGAAGCUGUGCAAACCAUGCCCAUGGGAUUCCUAUUCCUCAUACCUCUCUCAUUAUUCCUUCUAUCCCGUCUCCGUCGCAAACUUCCAUUUCCACCGGGGCCACCGGGCCUGCCGCUGAUCGGAAACAUGACCAUGAUGGACCAGCUCACCCACCGUGGACUUGCCAAGCUGGCAAAACAAUACGGCGGGCUCUUCCACAUGAGGAUGGGUUUUCUCCACAUGGUGGCCGUUUCGUCGCCGGACAUCGCCCAACAAGUCCUCCAAGCCCAAGACAGCAUCUUCUCCAACCGCCCCGCCACCAUCGCCAUCCGCUACCUCACCUACGACCGCGCUGACAUGGCUUUCGCUCACUACGGCCCGUUCUGGCGCCAGAUGCGAAAGCUCUGCGUCAUCAAGCUUUUUAGCCGUAAACGGGCUGAGUCCUGGGAGUCCGUGAGGGACGAGGUGGACUUCGUGGUCCGAAAAGUCAUGCUCAACACCAACUCACCCAUUAAUAUCGGCGAGUUGGUGUUUGAACUGACUCGGAACAUUACGUACCGAGCAGCGUUCGGGUCCAGCUCCCGACACGGUCAGGACGAGUUUAUCUCGAUAUUGCAGGAGUUUUCCAAACUGUUUGGUGCUUUUAAUAUUGCAGAUUUUAUUCCUUGGCUCGGCUGGGUUGACCCGCAGGGACUCAAUGAGAGACUCACUAAGGCUCGUGCUUCGCUUGAUGGCUUCAUUGAUAAUAUCAUCGAUGAGCACAUGCAGAAGAACAAGAAAACGAACGGUUCUGAUGAGAUCGACACCGAUAUGGUGGAUGAUUUGCUAGCUUUUUACGGUGAUGAAGCGAAAGUCUCCGAAUCGGAUGAUCUUCAAAACGCUAUUAGACUCACAAGAGAUAAUAUCAAAGCCAUCAUCAUGGAUGUAAUGUUUGGAGGCACAGAAACUGUUGCUUCAGCUAUAGAGUGGGCCAUGACGGAGCUAAUGAAAAGCCCAGAAGACCUCAAACGGGUCCAACAAGAGCUCGCCGACGUAGUCGGACUCAAUCGCCGGGUCGAAGAAUCCGACUUCGAGAAGCUGACCUAUCUCAAGUGCGCCUUGAAGGAGACUCUCCGGCUCCACCCUCCGAUCCCUCUCCUCCUCCACGAGACCGCCGAGGACGCUGAGAUCUCCGGCUACCACAUUCCGGCUAGAUCUCGGGUCAUGAUCAACGCAUGGGCCAUCGGGCGUGACCCGAACUCGUGGGACGACCCGGAUACAUUCAGGCCCUCGAGGUUCUUGAAGGAGAAUGUGCCUGACUUUAAAGGGAGUAACUUCGAGUUCAUACCGUUCGGGUCGGGCCGGAGGUCGUGUCCAGGUAUGCAGCUCGGACUCUACGGGCUUGAGAUGUCGGUGGCUCAUCUCCUCCAUUGCUUUACGUGGGAGUUACCGGAUGGGAUGAAGCCGAGCGAGCUUGACAUGAGCGAUGUUUUCGGCCUCACGGCUCCGAGAGCGACCCGACUCGUUGCCGUGCCGACUCCGAGACUGCUGUGCUCGAUUUAUUGACCCGAAAGAUAACAGUGACUGUGCAAUGGAGGGGUUUGUGGACUUUUUUAUUUUUAUUUUUUUAUAAUUUUAAUAUUGAAGAAGGGAAGUAGCAAGAAAUAACUGCGAAUAAUUGGAAAAGAAAAGGUGGGAUUUUAAUUUUUUAUUCUCGUCUUUUUGUGUGGAUAUUCAAAGACUCCAUUUGUUUUUAAAUAAAA